UCGCGAUGGAUGGUGGCAUGGACAUACAAGAGCACUCGCCAUCCCCACCCCGCUCCCCACGGUUCUGAUACUCUAGAUCAUACACUCUACGAUAGAUUAGAAGGUCAAUGAGAUUUAUAUGCGCUCAAGAUGUUAUACAGUCCCUUUGACUGCGUGAUCUUAGACGGCACCGUCGUGACGGCCGCCGAUGUUGGGCGGUAUGAUAUUGGCAUCAGGGGUGGCAAGAUUGCGCUGCUGGCUCCUGCUCGAUCUCUGGCAACAGCACGCGCGUCUCGGGUCAUUAAUGCCGAAGGCGCAUAUGUCAUGCCUGGCGGCAUCGACGCGCACGUCCACUUGUCUGAACCGGAGCUCUUCGGCAAAGGCAAGUCUGCGGAUGAUUUCACCACAGGAUCUCGCUCUGCUAUUGCUGGUGGCACGACGACCAUCAUCGCAUUUGCGCCUCAGGGGCGGUCCGAUCCAUCCCUGCUCAACAUCCUGGAUGCAAUGCAACAGAAGGCUUCGAAUGUCACAUACUGCGACUACUCCCUCCAUCUUAUAAUUUCAAACCCAACCCGACAGGCUCUGGAUGAAUUCAAGGUGCUUCGUGAGCGCGGAGUUUCUUCCGUGAAGAUCUACAUGACAUACGAGGACCUACGGAUACAGGACAAUCAGAUUCUGGACGUCUUGCUGCAAUCGCGUGUAGAUGGGAUCACCACGAUGAUUCACGCCGAGAACGGCGAUAUGCUGAACUGGAUGACCGAACAACUGGAGAGCCGCAACCUACUGGCGCCAAAAUACCACGCCACCUCGCGGCCUCAGAUUCUCGAGAGCGAAGCUACAAACCGAGCCAUAGCACUGAGCCAAUUGAUCGAAACACCGAUCUUGAUCGUCCACGUCUCAUCGCCCCUGGCAGCCAACAUCAUCCGCACCGCACAAACGCACGGUCAUCCCAUCUACGCAGAGACCUGUCCCCAGUACCUCUUCCUGACACGGAAAGCCCUCGAGGCCCCCGGAUUCGAGGGCGCCAAAUGCGUCUGCUCACCCCCGCCACGCGACGGCGAGGCCGAUCUCGAAAGCAUCUGGAAGGGCCUGCAGAACGGAACGUUCACCAUCCUCUCCUCCGACCACUGCCCCUUCGUCUACGAGGAUAGCGUGAACGGAAAGAAAUCCGCCAUCAGCGAAGACGCCCCCCUGGGCCGCUUCAAAUACAUCCCCAACGGCUGUCCGGGCGUCGAGACCCGUCUGCCCCUGGUCUGGAGCGCCAACCGUCUAUCGCCGCAGAAGUUCGUCGAAGUCACGAGCACCAACCCGGCCAAGCUGUACGGGCUGUACCCGCAAAAAGGAGCCCUCAUCCCGGGCGUCUCUGACGCCGAUCUCACCAUCUGGUAUCCGGAGUCGAGUGCGCUGGAGCCGUUCCCGAUUACGAAUUCCGCCCUGCAUCAUAAUGUGGAUAAUACCCCGUUUGAGGGCCAGAUGAUCACUCAGUGGCCGCGAUACACCCUGUUGCGCGGGGAGGUCGUCUGGGAUCGGGAUAAUGGGGGCGUGGUGGGUAAGGAGGGAUACGGGCAGUUUGUGGAGAGAGGGCGCAGUGAGUUUUGCAGUGAGCAGCCGCCGUGGGAUGUUGAGAAGUUCUAGUUUUAGGACAGCGCGGCGUUUGCGGCGAGGAAGUUGGCUGGAUUGUUUCCUAGCUCGGAAAGGCUGUCUGUAUUGAUGAGCUUGCUCUAAGUAAGAGAUGUCUGGUGUUUGAAGAGAUCUAGACUCGGUAUAUAGCUAGAUGGUACUGUCGAUGUCAGCAUUAGAUAGAAUCAAG